CAGCAAGAGCAUAUACAGAGCCUUUCUACCUCUUACUCUCGCUACAUGCUUUCACAUAAUGUUCUUAUGGAAUGUAGUGGAAUACGACCAUUAAGAUUGUUAAAAUCGAGCACUGUCCAACACUAUGGAAGCAUCGCUCUUGGAGCUGUUUCCGCGCUUUGUCGACUUAAAAGAUCUGCUUCAAAAUGAAGUUGAAGCUCGUUAUAUACUCAAAAAAGCAACGGACUUCUUGGAGAGGAUUAAGUCCAAAGGUACCGCUGGCGAGGAUGAGGAAAUUCGAUAUCUGGUAUGCGCCCUGGUGGACAGAAACUGGGAGCGCAUACACACCGGCCAUUUCAGCAAUGUUCCUCUAACGAUACGGAAAAUCUAUGCUAUUGCAUGUUUCUUUAAGAUAUUCUUCCUACUUAUGGAAAGCUCAAAUCCAAGGCAAAAGGAACAAUGCAGUGGGAUAUUGGACGAAGCCCAGCUGCUCGGCUGCACAGAUGACUGGAGCGACCUCAAAGCAGCCCUAAUGGAGUACUUGGAUAAAGGCCAAGAGGAGCCUACACAGCCAUUGCCCAUUUUGCCGGCUGUGAUGAGAGUUUCGAGCCCCUGUGAUAUACCCCAGCUAGAUGCUCCUGGAUUGAAUGAGUUUAAAACGAAAUGUUUCCAGCCGCAGCAGCCCACGCUUCUGCUGAACACCAUUAAGCACUGGCCAGCAGUGGACAAAUGGCGGGACUUGAACUACCUCCUCAAUGUGGCGGGCAAUCGCACAGUUCCCAUAGAGAUUGGCUCCAACUAUGCCAGCGACGAGUGGUCGCAGCAGCUAGUAAAAAUACGCGACUUUCUGCGUAGGCAAUUUGUUGUUGACCAAUGUGGAGACGGACGUCGGGAAAUUGAGUAUCUUGCCCAGCACGAGCUCUUUGCCCAGAUACCAGCCCUGAAAGCCGAUAUCUGUGUGCCCGAUUAUUGCACUGUGAGCGGUGCGGAGGAGACGGCAGCAGCUGUGGACAUCAAGGCCUGGCUGGGACCAGCCGGAACCAUAUCACCCAUGCACUAUGAUCCCAAGCACAAUUUACUCUGCCAGGUGUUUGGAUCCAAGAAGAUUAUACUGGCAGCCCCCAAAGACGCGGAUAAUCUGUAUCCGCACGAAAGCGAAUUUCUCGGCAACACAUCGCAAAUAAAUGCCGCGGAGCUAGACUACAAGACGUAUCCCCUGCUGGAGAGGGUGCGCUUCUAUAAACUGCUUCUUCAGCCAGGCGACUGCUUGUAUAUGCCACCCAAAUGGUGGCACUAUGUGCGUGCGGAAACGCCAAGUUUCUCUGUCAGUUUCUGGUGGUAGUUGACCUCACUAUGGCAUUCUUUUGUAUUAUCUUAUGUUACUCAUCUGUUUCUUUAUCUACUUGUAUGGAUGAAAUGCGAUAAUCAGAUCGGCUUGUCAGUAAAUAAACAGGUUGCCCCUGA